CAACACCCUCAUCUGUCUCACUGAUGGACAACCGGAAGUAAAGCUGAGUCUGUUGGAGCCCUUUCAAAAUAAAGAGACGUACCCAGAAGGUUCGAGUCCCACUGAGACUGGACCUUCCUUCAGGUCACCUUCCACUCGACCGUCUCGCGAGCUCUCCUCUCAGCCCGGUUUUAUGUGACGAGGACGAUUUGUGCGCGCGCUCCCGCGCUUUUGCGGCUCCUUGAAGAUGUGAAAACAGGACAUCUUCUGGGCCCGGUGUCAGGUUCGGUUUGGUUCACCUGAACGGUUCCGCGGAGAAGCUGCCCGCGUGAAAUGGGACGUAAGCCCCGCCCCUCGUGCACGCACAGGGCGCGCGCCGCGCUGCGAUGGUGAGCCGUGACGCGGCCGGAGCGCAUCUCAAGGAUGGCAGGUGUUCCUGACAGCCCCCCACCCCCCUCCCCAGACAUCCCGGGACUUUGACCAGCAGGCUCCGCCUCCAGGAUCCCAACUGAGAUGGAGCCCAUAAGCUCCGCCUCCAGAUGCAGCCUCACAGCGCUGUUGAUGGCCAGCACUGUGGUAUCCAUGGCAACCACCAGCUCACCUGAUGCAGGGAUACCAAACUCCAACAACACCGACGAGUCUUUAUCGCAUCUUCCACCACCACCAUCAUCACCGCCCCCCUUCCCGUCUGGUCGUCCUCCAGACACCGGUUACUAUGGUGACCUCAUAGAAGGAGGCUCUGUGGUAGAAUCCGACUCUGGCGCCCAGGGCAUUCACCUUCUGUUGCGACCUCCUGACCUGCUGUCCCCUAGUCUGCCCCCACCGCUGCCCCCCCACAGCCAAACCACCCUGACUCUCCCUCCCCCCUGGGAGUCAGGUCCCACUUUGGAAGACGCUUGGGGCUCUGGAGACUACAUGGAGACUCUCUCCUUUAUUGUGCCUGAGGGCGAAGAGCUGGCCCUGGCCACACCCCUUCCCAGGCAUCCCUGGCACACAGACGAGGAAGGUAACUGGAUUUCUUAUGACACCUCCUUCCCCGUCAGACCGACCCUUCCUCUCUCCUCUCGUCUGUCCCUCUCCUCCUCAUCACCCCACGUCUCUCUACAUCCUCAUUCCACCAAUCGAGACGUCUUCUCAAACUGGGAUGAGGACUACGACCUGGAGGACAUGGUUCCUCUGGAGCCGACAGAAGUGUUGCUGCCCGACAUGAACAGUUUGGAGUACUACACCAACCUUGUGGCCCGGGAAAGGGAGAGGGACAAAGACAGAGAUGGAAGGAAGGAAAUGGAGACGGGAAAGGAGAAGCUGAACCAGACCUACUUCAGAACCACCAUCUCUCCAACAGCAACCCAAAGCCACCCUUCUCCAAAAACCUCCGUGCUAGUGCCCAGCUCUCCACCAGAGCCCAAGCACCCGCCCCCCAAACCCGCCCCUUCUCUUCCUCCUUCACCUGCUGCAGCAGGUAAAGACAAACCAACUGCUCCGUCAUCCACCCCCCGUACCUCCUCCACCCCCUCUUCCCCAGUCUUAAGAACCAGAGAUCGGGGUCCGGGCCAGGGCAGACGCCCUGUCCGUCCCCCGUCCAACACCACCAGCCGGUUGCUACCCUCUCCACCCCUGGGACCUCCUACCAUUACUGGAAAACCAGAGAGACCUUCAGUGGUCACUGAAAAACCAGCCAAAGUCCAGCCCAUCACCACAACCACCACUCAGUUCACUGCCAUCAGUCUGACCAGAGCUCCUCCAGUCACCACGCCCAGGGUGGUGCAGACCCCGCCCUCCAGGCAGUAUCUCUGCAACGUCACCAAGCCAGAGCUGUACCUGGUGAGAGUAGUCGGUUCUAAAGGUUCUUCGGCCGGGUUCAGUCAGGUCCGAGAUCUCCUCAGGAGAGAGUUCAACCGCUCUGUGGAGCUGCAGUUCCUCAGAACGCCGUCCAGCUUUGCCUUCCGUGUUGUGUCGGGACCUCUGAUCUUCACUGCCAUAUCCGUCAUUAACGCUCUCCGCCGGCUGCCUCGCGGCGCCGGUCCGGUUCCCACGGUUCUGCCACUCUACACGGUUCCGGACCUCAGGCACCAGAUCCACUCUGUGCUUCAGUUCGUCCCCGCCCACAUCGACAUUAAAGUGUGCAACUUCAGCGAACGUGUGGAGAGGGGGCUGGUGAUGGCAUACACAGAGACGCUGAGGAGGUCCCACGAGGCCGGGAACAUCAGCGUCCAGUUGCUGAACAUCACCACCGGCACGGUCCAGCCAGCAGAGAAAGGGAAAGUUCCCGUCGACAUCAUAUUUGCAGUGAGGGAUGGGCGGGGUUACCUGCCAGGAUCAGAGGUCAGCGAACACCUGAGGAAGCUCAGCCUGGUGGAGUUCAGCUUCUACCUGGGGUUUCCGGCGCUGCAGAUCGCAGAACCAUUCCACUACCCGGAGCUUAACACGUCCCACCUCCUGCGCUCCUCGUGGGUCCGCACAGUUCUGCUCGGAGUCCAGGACCAGCUGGUGAAUGAGCGCAGCUUCAAGGCUCGUCUGGAGAGACGCCUGGCUCUGCUGCUGGAGGAGGGGCUGCAGGAGACCAGCAGGAGGCGCUGGAGGAGAGCCACUGCAGUGGGCAACAACAGCCUGCAGGUGGUGCGGGUGUCCAGGGUGUCCAGUCCAGAGCACCUGUUGGAGGUUUUUUAUUUUGUGGAGGGUCCUGGUGGAGAGAGGGUCCCAGCAGAAGUAACAGCUGCAACCCUGAACAGUCUGGAUCUUCAGAGGGCCGCCAUCGUCCUGGGACACCGAGUCCUCAAACCACUGGCACAGGCUGUGGAGGAGCUCUUUGUCCCUCCAGCAGAGACACAAAGCAACAACAUCUGGCUGAUUGUGGGCGUGGUUGUUCCGGUCCUUCUUGCAGUCUUCAUCAUCAUCCUCCUCUACUGGAAGCUGUGUGGCUCUGAGAAGCUUGAGUUUCAGCCUGAUGCCAUCAACACCAUCCAGCAGAGGCAGAAGCUUCAGGCUCCGAGCGUCAAAGGCUUCGACUUUGCAAAGCUGCACCUCGGUCAGCACAGUAAAGAUGACAUCAUGGUGAUCCAGGAGCCCGGCCCACUGCCUGCUCCCACCAAAGAGGCCACGCCCUCAGACACUGGAGACCUUAACACCCCCAAAUCAAAAGGAUCGUCCACCAAACCCACCCGCUUGAGCCGCCGCAGGGGCAGGCUCAGCCCAUCGGACGGCGACUCGCUGGGCAGCGAGCAGUCGAGCGGCAGAGAGUCCGCAGAGGAAAGCACCCGACCCGUGGCCAUGCCCAGUGAGGGCAAACAGCACAAGAAGACCAAAAACGGGAGGAGCAAGACAGUUGUUCCUCCAGGCUACGGUCCAGACGAGCUCCUGUCCUCGUCCUCCAUCUUUGACCACGUUGACCGCCUCUCUCGUGGUUCGUCGGACGGCACCCGACGGCAGGCCAACAAGGUGCAGCUGAUCGCCAUGCAGCCCAGACCCAGUUCUCCGAUGCACCCCACCUCCCAACCGAGCCCCUCCCUCACCGAGAAGGUCAACACUGAGGUGGCGCUCAGGCACAAAUCAGAGAUCGAGCAUCACAGGAACAAAUUGCGGCAACGCGCCAAGAGGCGGGGCCAGUGCGAGUUUCCCUCCAUGGAUGACAUCAUGGAUGCUUUUGGUGACGGGCCAGUCCAAAGCGAGGCGGCACAAAGACUGUAUAGCUCUGCCCACGACCACAUGGACUGCAUCCUUCAGGCCGACACUUCACCCACAACCCCCACCGAGUCCAGAAGAAGAGGGAAACACUCUCCUCGGGGGCGAUGGACUCAGCCCGGUCCAGGAAGUCUACCUGAUACGGACCGGGACCGCCUGCUCACUGACCAAAGCGCCACCUACAGGAAGUACCCGGGACUGAACAAUGUGGCCUACAUGUCUGAUCCAGAUCUGCCCCAAGGCAACAGAAGCCCCUCCCCCAUGGAUGAGGUCUUUGACUCAGCCCCCCCUCCCCCUCCCUACAUGCCCCCCCAGCCCUCCAUCGAGGAGGCGCGGCAGCAGAUGCAUUCUCUCCUGGAUGACGCCUUCGCCCUGGUAUCGCCGUCCUCACAGGGCAGUGCUGGGAGAUAUGCAGAGUUAGGAAUGUCGCCCACAUCCAUCCAGAGUCUUCUUCAGAGACAGGGUAUGGGCUCAGGAGGAUACAUCUCCACUGGAGACCAACUGCAGGAGUCCAUUUACUCCAACAGGGGGCAGUAUGAGGACCCCCCCUCAUCCUCCAGACCACGACCUGUGGGAGGAAGUACAGGUGCCCAGCUGCAUCACCUGACCCAGGUGGGUCUGUGCAGUCAGAUAGGCUCCUACCAUGGAGUGGGAGUGGGUCGCAGCAUGUCCGGGCCCACAGGCUCCAGCUGGCACCAGCAGCAUUCGGACCAGGACCUCUCCAGACCGGUAGCCAGCAGAGAGAGUGUCCUGUCUUUUCCAGAGUUCUCGUCCUCCUCUGUUUUCCAAAUGCCCAGCUCCUCUUUGCAGGAUCCCUCGGCUCCUCCCCUACUACUAACCUCGCCCACCCCAGAGUACCCCCCCGAGGACGCCUCCCCCUCAGCGCACACCUCGGCCUCCCUCAUAAAGGCCAUCAGGGAGGAACUGCGACGGCUUGCUCAGAAACAGGCUGCAAUUACGAGCUAUCCUUAGACUCACCUGGAGUCUGGACUGGGACUUACCUUUGUGAUAAAUGCUAACUGAUCUUCAGUCUGGACUUUCUCCACGUCUGUACCCAAAAAGAAAUCUGGUCCAUGUUGGAAGCAAGGACAGCGUCUUAUGUCCACCUUCGGUACUUUACAGGGUCCAUCUUCUCGGUGUGUCCAGCUCCUCAGAGUUCCAUCGUUUCGUAUGUCAGACUCACAUUUCACUGAAGUGCUUCCUGCGGUCGACCAUUCUAUGACAACCUUUUCUAAACUUCAGACGUACUCUGUCCUGCUGAAUGUCUGGAAUGAGGAUUCUUGGUUCUGAAGGGCCACUCCAUCCUCCUGGCUAAAGAUUUUGGACAGGGUUCGAUAAGAGGGUCGUCAUUCCGGACCUUCUGCAGUGACGGGUUCCUCCAGAAUCCAAAGCUCUGAAGGGCCCAGUUCCUCCAGAUCUUCUGUGGUGCUAACCAUCAGCCUCAUUCCAUCUCAUUGACCACUUACUGCCUUCCACUGUCCCCUCAGCCACAUUGAUCAGGGCUCAGAAACUGUCCUGAUGGGGUCACUGUAGACCACUGCAACAGCAUCUCAUGAACCAGAAACAUGGACAUGAUAGAUAUAAAUAUAUACAUGCACAUAGAUAUAUAUAGAUAUAUAAAUAUAAAUGGAGAGAAAAUAUUCUUUAGUAUGAUUCUAUGUAAAGAGAUAGGUUUCCAAUGAGCACAAUGUAAAAGUAGAAGUCCUAAUGGAGUAUGGAGAUGUUAUUUUGCUGCUUUUUCAUCAGAAUCUUCUUUGAACCGCUUGAUUCGGGUCAGACGGCCGUUCUCUGCUUGCUCCUGCUGUGUUUCAGUUUGCUGUAGAUGCCCGUUGCUUUGCAUCUUUGCUUGUGAUCGUGUUGUCAUGGUAACGGCUGGCGCUUUGCCAUUGGGCUUCCUGUUGCUGUUCAGUUGCAUUCAUCCGUCUGUGGGGGACGCUGCAGAGGGCUGCAGGUCCCCACAAUCUGACGGGGUCGGAGUUUAGUGUUUGGGAGUCAUACCCCCCCGUGGACUCCCGUCCACUGCGGGGGUCCGGCUGUGUCGGUCCUCUUCAUACAGAAGGUGAAGUCAGGAACGCUCUUCUGAUGGAGAUCCUGAGAUUUCUCAUCUAGAUGGCAUAGAGUCUCCCGGGUGGGAACAGAGAACCGUCUGCAGACGUCCUCCCACACCUGCUGUCUGUGCAGACUUUGUCAUCCACCAAAGGAAGCGAGCCGGACUGGCUGUCCGUAGCGUUCUCGGACGGCUUCUGGAGCUCUACUCGGAGGGGGGGGUCAUUUCCUUCAGCAUGUCCAGCCCAGUUUGAGGCUAUAGCUGCUCGUGAUGUUUCUGUCGUUGUUCAGCAUGCUGCUCAAAGCGCUUGUGUGUAAAAGUGAGGAGUGUUUGCUCAUCAAGUGAAGACGACGAGCUCGAAGAACGUCGCCACGUCUCUUCCUCCACACAGUGAGACUCGUGGUCCUUCAUCUUUGGCGUCCUCCAGGUGUGAAGACUUCACAAACAUGCGAAACUGGCCCAAAAAACAGUCUGUCUGCUAAAGUCGUGUCAGUCCAGAAUCCAGGCAGCAAGGCCCAGAACGUUACAGGCAUCAGCCUCUCUGAUCGGACCUGGUAUGUGUCAAUCAUCCACUGAGACCUGGUCCUGCCCGAAGGACCACAUGGUGCUUCAGGUGUGUUUAGCCUGCCAGGAAGACUAGAACCUCUGCUGGUCCUGCAGGUAGCGCCUGCUGCUCUGCUGGGUCGUCCAGCGAAUGUUUCCUCCAUUUUUAGUCUGUUUCUUCUACAAACCUCGGAGGAUGGAGUAAAUAAGUGUGGCGCCAUGAAGCAGCGCUAUGAAGCGGCGCCAGGAUGAGGCGCUCACGCACACACUAGUGGGGACUCUGUUAUUGGGCCGCUGAAGUGCAGGUGGCUCCCCCUGCUGAUCAGCUGUGGUCUCAUCAUUUUCCAGUUUCACGUGAGUGGACGUCCUCACUUGUCUUAACUGAUUUCUUCACACUGUGCUGAGGCCACACCCUCGCAGGUGAGCCUGUCCUACGACCUGGAUGAAGUCCAAAGCCAGGUCAGCUCGCAUCAGUCCAGGUUCCAUGUGUGAAGGUGUUUGGUUUGUGGGGGCUGUCAUAGGGACACCAGCAGCCAGGUGAAGGUCACCAGACCGUCCCUCUGAGUCUGUCAGCUGUUUCCUGUGGUGUUUGAAUUCUGAUUGUACUGAACAUUAAAGAGACGUGUUCAGACCCAAAA